AUGGCAGUGCUGCAUGCAAGCAACCGAACGGAGUCCGGCGGUUGCUCCUACGAACUUCUGAGUAAGCUACUGAGUAACCACGACAUGGAUCGCGUGUUACUACGCCCGGCGUCGGCGCGUGCUUCUCCGCUUCAAGUUAAGAUGGAUGUAGGUCCGUAUCUGGAGGCUGUACCGGGCUCCAAAGAACCGACGUGGGCGUUCGGGCUACGCGUCAAACUCGCAGCAGUGACGAGGUAUCUUGUAUGUGACGCUGAAGACCCGACGAAUGAGCUGUAUGAGGUGGAAACCACGUUCGACAACCGACUCGCCUUCCCCGUCGGACUUACACCGUUCCACCCACUCGACACGAUGCGUAAAGACCGCGGUGAUGUUGCCGUCCGCUUAGGUUAA